AUGCAGCUGUCUUUGACUCAACUCCCUUCCCGGACACUGCUCCUACUCCUGCUGUCCAACCUGCUUCUGUGGGAGAAUGUGGCAUCAGUGCCUAUGUGUGCUGCUAGGAAUGGUCGCUGCUUUGUGUCCUUGGAAGACAUGUUUUAUUUUGCAGGCACGUUUUCUCACGAAGUCAGUGUCGAAAUUUCAACAUUGUUCAGUCUGUUUUAUGCCGUCUUACUGAAGUCAGUGAACACUCUUUUGAUUGCCUGGGAACACCCUCUGGAGCAUCUAGUGAGCACAAUAUCUACCUUGAGAAACAUCCCUGCUGCUAUCAUCUCCAAAGCCAGACGUGUAAAGGAAAAGAACACCAGCCUCCACCAAGGGUUUAACAGCAUCAUCAGCCUGGUUCUGCGUGGAGAUGAAAAAGAGGAGAAGUACCCUACCUGGUCUGGACUGGCAUCCUUGCAGUCAAAAAAUGAAGAUGCUCGCAUUUGGGCUUUUUAUAACAUGAUCCGAUGCCUAGACAAUGACUUUAAGAAAAUUGACAUUAAUCUAAACGCCCUGAAGUGA